AUGGCUCCCAAACGCAAGCGGGCUGGUACCGUAGGCUCCAAUGCCGCUGCUGAAGCCAACAACGAUCUUCCCCAGCCUGUUUCCAAAGACGCGUCUGCAGAGGACACUACCACUCAACAAACGCCCCAGACCCUCAAGACAUCCAGAUCAGAAGACAACGACCAAGACCUGCCUAACAAGCGAUCUCGUUCAGAAAACCACACCCAGGAUGAUCAAGACGAGGAGCAGGACCUUGGUGUCAAUGGCGAAGCUGGCACCAUGAAGAUGGAAGCUCCUCCCAAGGCUGGUCUGGUUGACCCUGUCGGCUACAAGACCAACCCUCCUCCUGAAGGUCGCCCUGUGCGCAUUUAUGCCGAUGGUGUCUUUGAUUUGUUCCAUAUGGGACACAUGCGCCAGCUCCAACAAGCCAAGACCGCCUUCCCCAAUGUCCAUCUUCUCGUCGGCGUUACUGGUGACAAAGAGACCCAUCGCCGCAAGGGUCUCACUGUGCUGAGUGGAAAGGAACGCGCCGAGACCGUAAGACACUGCAAAUGGGUGGAUGAAGUCAUAGAAGACUGCCCCUGGAUUGUCGAUGUCGAGUUCCUCGAGAAGCACAAGAUUGACUACGUUGCCCACGACGAUAUUCCUUACGGCGCCGACGAGGGUGACGACAUCUACAAGCCAGUCAAGGAAAAGGGCAUGUUCCUGGUUACCCAGCGCACUGAGGGUGUCAGCACCACUGGAAUCAUUACAAAGAUUGUUAGAGACUACGAACAAUACAUCGCGCGUCAGCUCAAGCGCGGCACUACUCGCCAAGAGCUCAACAUCUCGUGGCUCAAGAAGAACGAGCUCGACAUCAAGCGCCAUGUCGCUGAGCUGCGCGACUCAAUUCGCACGAACUGGACCGCAACUGGUCAAGAGCUUGGCAGAGACCUCAGACAAUUCUGGCAACCCAGCAGACCCAGCAGUCCAGCUCGCGGCCUCUCGACUCCUGAUCGCCUUGGUUAUAACUUGCGCCAGGGCGCUUCGAGAGGCAGCAACAGCGACUUUGCUGCUGGAUACACUAUGGGCCUUCUUGGCAGCGUUCGCAGCUGGAUGCAACGCAAUCGUAGAACCCUUAGCGACGCCAGACCUGAUAGUCCCGACAGCGGCGAGGACAGUUCCGACUUGAGAAGUCCUGCCGACCCGGCUAGAGGCCGCCCCGGCAAGCACGUUCAAGACGAAGUGGAUGCCCAGUUCACCCACGAAAUGAACUAG